AUGUCCUUUGUAGUUUACGAGUUAUUAAAUAUUAUUUGGGAUCAAAAGGUUUUUCUAAUUUUUGUAAAAUUGCAUUUGUUUUCAGAGUUGGUAUUUUUGGCAGAAUAUUGGUCUGGGUCAGAUAUUGUAUUAUAUAUAGAUAAAGAUGAUUUUAAGAAAUAUUAUGGAAAAGAACAUGCAUAUUUAAUAAUGAAUCACUGUUAUGAAAUCGAUUGGCUUGUUGGGUGGAUACUAUGCGACCGUGUUGGACUACUUGGUAACUGUAAAGCAUAUGUAAAAAAGUCAGUACAAUAUGUUCCAACAAUAGGUUGGACAUGGAAAUUUGCUGAAAUUAUAUUCUUGGAAAGAAAUUGGGACAAAGAUAAAGAAAUAAUUAGUUCCCAAAUCAGUGAACUUGCAAAUUAUCCAGAUAGUAUAUGGUUACUUUUAUAUCCUGAGGGAACUCGUUUCACAGAACAAAAAUUAGAGGCCAGUCAUAAGUUUGCCCUAAAAAAGGGUAUUACACCAUUAAAAUAUCAUUUAUUGCCGCGAACGAAAGGUUUCACGGCAAGCAUACAACACAUGCGAGGUAAGAUUCCCGCUAUUUACGAUGUACAAUUACAUUUUAAGCCGAGCGAUCCAGUGAAACCAACAAUGACAAAUUUACUAAUGGGAAAACGGCUCGAGGCGCAUUUAUACAUGCACAGGAUUCCGUUGGAAGAAGUGCCAGAAGAUGAAGAAGCUGCUGCAGAAUGGUUAAACAAUCUGUAUAAAAAAAAAGAUCGUUUAGCAGAAAGUUUUUAUGAAACAGGUGACUUUUUUGCAACAAGUGGCAUACCCAGAUUAGAACAGUUUGCAGUGAAAAAGAGAUGUUAUACAUGCCUUAAUACAAUUAUAUGGGCAGUGGUAGUUUUAGUACCAAUGAUUUAUUAUUUGAUCAAUCUCUUUUUGUCUGGAUCAACUAUUUCAUUCUCAAUUGGUGUGGGUAUAAUCUUUCUAGUUUAUCUGUCUAUGCGCAAAAUGAUAGGAAUGUCUGAAAUAAGUAACAGUUCAUCCUAUGGGACUCAUAAUAAAAAAGUUGAAGCAGAAGAAAAGGAGCAAGUAAUAAAGGGUACAUAGAGUGAAAAAGCUGGAAUAUUAUUAGAGCCAAAUGAGUAUUAUCAAAUUAUCUUCACUGCAUGAUGUAUUUCACGCAAUUUUCUCUGUACAAAUCAUUAUA